AUGGUUAGUCAACAAGAUCAAUUAAGAGAUUAUUUUCAAGAUGCACAACGUCUUUUAUUCGGUCAACAUACACGACAUCAUCUUAAACAAGCUCUUUCGUGGCAUAUUAUAUUACAACAAACUGCUUCUAUGCAUCAUGAUCAUCAAACAACAAAACCAACAACUAGUAAACAUACAGAAAAAGCAGCAAAGAAAAUUGAUAAAACAGCAACAACGAAUAAUGAAUUGAAUAUAUUUAUUAUUCUAGUGUUAUAUAAGACCUAUUAUAAUAAAAAACUUUUUCAUUUUUUAUUCAUUUUGACCUUAAAAUAA